UACAUUUGGGCAGUCUGCAAAACUGGCCUUUUAGCUCCCUCUACUUGGCUCUAGUCUCCAAAGACGGACAAAGUUGCCGAGGGCAAUCAAGUGGAUAGGUUUAGAAGCUGUGCGCUAACUGAAACACUGCAGCAUGGAGGACCAAAUGCGAGAGGUUGUUGACCAAGCCAAGGCAUCGUUCAAGGCUGGAAAACUGAAGAGCUAUGAACAGCGCUGCAACUAUCUUCUGCAAAUUGACAAGUUCUUGAAGGAACAAGAGCAGGCCAUACGUGCUGCCCAGAAAGCUGACGUGGGAAAGACACAUGCUGAGGUCACAAUUUCUGAGAUCAUGGUCAGUCGUGCCGAGGUCACACACUGUCUGGACAUGAUGAAGUCGUGGAUGUCACCGCAGAAGGUCUCCAAGCCUUUGACUUUCAUCGGUGACAAAACCUACAUCCAGUCUCAGCCGUACGGAGUUGUGCUGCUCAUCGUUCCGUGGAACUAUCCGUUCUAUCUUCUAUUCAGUCCUCUCUGUGGAGCCAUUGCUGCUGGUAACUGCGUUGUCAUUAAGCCAUCUGAGGUCAGCGUGGAAUCUGAGAAACUGGUCCGCGAAAACCUAAACAAGUAUCUGCCUAGGGAUUGUUUCCCUGUGGUGUGCGGUGGACCCAAGGAGACCACCGCUCUGCUGAAGCAGCGGUUUGACUACAUCUUCUUCACCGGUGCGACCAGCAUCGGUCGCAUCGUGAUGAAAGCCGCAGCCGAGCACAUUACACCCGUCACGCUGGAGCUGGGUGGUAAAUCUCCCACGUUCAUCCACGAAUCGAGUGACUUGCAGUGCGUUGCUAACCGCAUCAUCGCCAACAAGGCACAGAACGCCGGCCAGGCAUGCAUUUCGUUUGACUACCUGCUGUGCACUAAGGAGAUCCAGGAUAAGUUGGUGGUAGCCAUGGUGAAGUCCAUUGAGACCUUCUUUGGAGAUAUGCAGUCGUCGGAGAGCUAUGGCCGAAUCAUCAAUGAACGGCACUUUGACCGCUUGGUAAGGAUCAAGACGAACACCAAAGGUACAAUUGCAAUUGACUGCGGUCUGGACAAGUCUGAGCUGUUCAUGGGUCUGACGGUGGUGACUGAUGUCAGGGAUGACGAUGACGCCGUUCUGCAAGAAGAGAUCUUCGGUCCAAUCCUGGCAAUUGUCCCCGUGUCUGGCCUGCAAGCAGCAAUUGACUUCAUCAACGAAAGGGAGAAGCCUCUGGCUGCCUAUGUAUUCUCCAAGGACAAGUCGGUUAUCCGCGAGUUCGAAGAGAACACCUCGUCAGGCGCCAUGGUUGCAAACGACUCCAUAAUGAACAUGACUGUGUCUACUUUGCCUUUCGGUGGUGUUGGAGAGAGUGGCAUUGGCGCGUAUCAUGGCAAGUUUACUUUCGACACGUUCUCCCACAAGCGGGCCAUCAUGCAUCGCAAGCAGGCCAUGGAGGCAGUUAACAUGAAAAUGCGCUACCCACCGUUCAGUGAAGCCACGACAAGGCGCCUGACAUCGCUGCUGUUCAAGACACAGGACAGCACGAAUUUCGUCUCCUUCCAGGGCAUUGGCAUGGUGUUACUCGGCCUGGUGGUGGUCGUCGGCGCUCUUCUCUACAGGCAGUGAUGACCAGUCAGCCAGUAAUGACAGCAUUAAGAUGUUGUCCACUAUUCUGUUGUAUGCUGGAACUGUGACUGACAGAGCAAGACAAACGGUUGCUUUGAACCAAUUCAAGCAGCGGUGACAGCAAAAAAAUACAUUUCAAAGUUCUCACUUAUUUGACUGAAAUGCUUUAUAGUAUACAAAUUAUUGAUAUUGUCAUCCAAUUCAAAUUUCUUAUUUUCGUUCCUUUCAAUUUCUUAGAGAUAUUAUAUUUCGUCCGAGUGCUACUGCUGGGGCAGACACUGGAUUUCUUAGAGAUCACAAAGAAGCCUGUUGGAAAAUAUGGCCACUUCAAUUGGCUUGAACCAUCCUUCCUAGGCACUCGAAUUGUUAGAAUAAAUUAUAGCAGGCGAAGGGAAAAAAGCAUGCACAUUUUCACGAGCAAAAGUUCUAACUAAAAAAUGCUAAAUAGUAUUCUUACACCAUGUCCUAAAUACUCAAAAUCUCAAGGAAAAAUUAAAGUCCGGCUUCUCAUUCAGUCUUGGUCCGUUAUAAAGCUAUCAGAGAACCGCAAUGCUAUUAUUAUUAUUAAAUUUUACUAGCGAAAAGGAUCCUCUGUGUCUGAGCCACUGUCGGGAAUCUCAUCAUCGCGUUCUACUUGCUCAUAGGUCUCUAGUAUCUCACUGCCUGUUGCUGGUCUUUGCCUGUUGACAUUCUUGUACGCUGA